ACCGCAUCGCUCGGCCUUCAGUUCUUACCCCCCUUCGUCUCUUGUUCUUUGGAAUAUAAAUCCUUCGGAAACCCUAAUCUCAUCUCCUGUCCAUCAUCUGAUCUACGUCCUUUCAUCUCGCCUGCAACGCAUCGGAAUUUUGCUACGGCCUGCGCGAAUCUCUGGCAGGUUUUUGAGAAUUGGGCAAUACAUUAAUUGCUUAUCUUCAAGGAAUGAAUCCAUAUAUUGUUGCCAUUUUCGUGCCGCUUAUAGCUUCACUUAUAUUAUGGAAAUCAAAUAAUGGAAAGAAACGAGGGCUGCCAGCUGAUGUUGGUGGAGAGCCUGGUUAUGCAGUUCGCAACUACCGGUCCACUUCCCUAGUAGAAUCUAGUUGGGAAGGAGUCUCAACAUUGGCUGAGCUAUUUGAGCAAGCCUGCAAACGUUUCACGUAUAGGCCUUCACUUGGAACUCGGAAGCUGAUUACAAGAGAAAUGGAAGUAAGCCAGAAUGGGAGAUCCUUUGAGAAGCUUCAUCUGGGAGACUAUGAAUGGGUGAGUUAUGGUGAGGCUUUUAAAGCUGUUUGCAGCUUCUCAUCUGGUCUAGUCCAUCUUGGCCACAAAAAAGAUGAGCGGGUUGCCAUAUUUUCCGACACACGGGCAGAAUGGUUUAUAGCCUUACAGGGUUGCUUCAGGCAAAAUAUCACAGUUGUUACUAUAUAUGCUUCACUGGGGGAAGAGGCUCUUUGUCACUCAUUAAAUGAGACAGAGGUCUCAACUGUAAUCUGUGGACAUAAGGAACUGAAAAAACUGAUUGAUAUAAGUGGACAACUUGACAAUGUAAAACGUAUUAUUUAUAUUGAUGAGGAGGGUGUUUCAAGUGAGGUUUCAUUGGCUAAGAAGAAUACAAGUUGGACGAUUACAUCAUUUGUUGAAGUAGAGACAAUGGGCAGGGAAAAGCCUAUAGAUGCAUAUCUGCCCCUCUCAGCUGAUGUUGCUGUGAUAAUGUAUACAAGUGGUAGCACUGGUUUGCCAAAGGGUGUAAUGAUGACCCAUGGCAAUGUUCUAGCCACAGCUUCAGCUGUUAUGACUAUUGUCCCUUCCAUUGGGACUAAUGACAUAUACAUGGCAUACCUACCACUAGCUCAUAUUCUUGAGUUGGCUGCAGAGAAUGUAAUGGUUGCUGCGGGAGUUGCUAUAGGCUAUGGGUCACCUUUGACGCUCACUGAUACAUCAAACAAGAUAAAGAAAGGAACAAAAGGUGAUGUUUCAGUCUUGAGUCCUACAGUGAUGGCUGCUGUACCUGCUAUCCUUGACCGUGUCCGUGAUGGCGUGCGGAAAAAGGUAGAUGCCAAGGGUGGGUUGUCGAAGAAAUUAUUUGAUGCUGCAUAUGGUCGCAGGUUGUCUGCUAUUAAUGGAAGUUGGUUUGGAGCAUGGGGUUUAGAAAAGGUUUUAUGGGAUUUUCUCAUAUUUAGACAGGUUCGAGCAGUUUUAGGAGGUCGUGUACGUUUUUUACUUUCUGGUGGGGCUCCUCUAUUUGGUGAUACUCAGAGAUUUAUCAACAUAUGUCUUGGUGCUCCAGUAGUGCAAGGAUAUGGUCUCACGGAAACCUGUGCUGGAGGAACAUUCUCUGACUAUGAUGACACUUCUGUUGGUCGUGUUGGUGCUCCAGUUCCAUGUUCAUAUGUCAAGUUGAUAGAUUGGCCUGAAGGUGGAUAUUUGGUUACGGAUUCACCAAUGCCUAGAGGGGAAAUUGUUAUUGGGGGUCCAAAUGUUACUCCUGGGUACUUUAAAAAUGAAGAAAAAACAAAGGAAGUUUACAAGGUUGACGAGAAAGGGAUGCGGUGGUUUUACACGGGGGACAUUGGAAGGUUUCAUCCUGAUGGCUGCCUAGAAAUCAUCGAUCGAAAAAAAGAUAUAGUGAAACUUCAGCAUGGUGAAUAUGUGUCCCUUGGAAAGGUUGAGGCUGCUUUGAUUGUGAGUCCCUAUGUGGACAACAUCAUGGUGCAUGCUGAUCCCUUUCACAGUUUCUGUGUUGCACUUGUUGUUGCUGCACAACAUGCCUCAGAAGAAUGGGCUUCAAAGCAAGGGAUAAAUUACAGUGAUUUUUCAGAUUUAUGCCAAAAAGAGGAAACUGUGAAGGAAGUGCACGAGUCACUGUUCAAGGUGGCGAAACAAGCAAGAUUGGAUAAGUUUGAGAUCCCAGCAAAGAUCAAGCUGAUUCCUGAACCAUGGACUCCCGAAACUGGUCUGGUCACUGCUGCACUAAAGCUCAAGAGAGAGGUCAUUAGAAAGGCAUAUGCAGAUGACCUUGCAAAAUUAUAUGCGUGAAUCAUAGUUAUUUCUUGAGAGGAGUAUUUAGUCACGUAUUGCUGCCCGGUAUCAUUUUUGACAUAAUAUUUAUGUGCUUGAAGAGAACACACUUGGCAGGUUAUGUUUUUUCCUCAUGCAAAUUUUGAUAGUUGCAUGGAAAAUAAGUAGUAGAUAUGUUGGUGGGAAGACCAAGGCACUACAAGCACUUUGCUUAUGAACCCUGACCAACUGAAGAGAAAUAAAAUUGUUUCAGCUCCCCA